GCCAAGGGACGUGGAUUUUUGGCUAUUUUUUGGCGACCAACGACCGGCUAAUUCACUUUGAGAUUGCCAGUGAAAUAGCCAAGUGGUCGGAUGGAGACGCCGAGCGACAACAGCAAGUUCCUCUCGACGCUCGAGACGCCGUUCACGCUCGCCGUCAACGGCGAGACGCAUCAUGAGAGCGUCGACCCCGCGACCUUGAGCUGGCACAACUUGCGCUACACGGUCCAGCCCACGACGCUCCUCGGCAAGAACGGCCCGCCCAAGACGAUCCUCAAGAACAUCCACGGCCACGUCUCGCCCGGCCAGCUCACGGCCAUCAUGGGUCCGUCCGGCAGCGGCAAGACGACGCUCCUCGACAUCCUCGCCGACCGUGUCUCGAGCGGUACGAUCGAAGGCAACAUCGAAGUCAACGGCCACACGCGCCACUCGUCGUCGUUCCGCAAGAUGGCAACGUACGUGGCCCAAGAAGACUCGCUCCUCGGGUCUUUCACGGUGCUCGAGACGCUACGGUUUGCGGCCAAGAUUUCGCUCCAGGAUGCGCAUGCGGUUCAGGAAGAGCGUGUGCAGGCUGCGAUCUCAGACAUGGGUCUGACAAGCUGCGCCAACACGCGUGUCGGCGACCUCUUCUUCAAGGGCAUUUCCGGCGGCCAAAAGCGCCGUCUCUCGAUUGCGAUUGCACUUUUGACGAAUCCGUCAAUUUUGCUGCUCGACGAGCCCACGUCCGGUCUUGACUCGGCGUCGACGUACCACAUUAUGAAGUACAUUGCCAAGCUCUGCGCCGCGGGCCGCACGGUCGUCUGCACGAUCCACCAGCCGUCGGCCGAGGUGUACAACAUGUUUUCGACUGUCUCGAUCCUCGUCGAGGGUAGCACGGUGUUUUAUGGGUCGCCGGCCGCUGCGCUCACCCACUUUGAGUCGCUCAACUACCCGUGUCCGCUCUAUACGAACCCGGCCGAGUACUUUGUGAGUUUGGUCAACACGGACUUUGAGGGCCACGCCGAUGUGCCCGCGUUCGUCAAGUCGUAUGCGUCGAGCGAGCUCUGCAACGGCAUUGUCCGCGCCAUUGAAGCCGACCGCCACGCGGCGUCGACACUCUUGCCCAAGAAGGUGCUGAGCCAAGGCGCGUCGGGCUUGACGCAGUGGAUGGUGCUCAUGCACCGCAACACGCUCGACAAUAUCCGCAACCCGGGCAUCUACUGGGUCCGGCUCUUUAUGUACAUCAUGCUCUCGUUCAUGGUCGGCACCAUGUACUUGCACACCAACACGGACUUGACAAAGGAAGAUCUGCUGCCGAUGCUCUUCUACGUCCAAGCGUUCCUCGUCUUUAUGAGCGUGGCGGUGCUGCCCUUCUUUAUCGAGCAACGCGCCGUGUUUGUCCGUGAACGCGCCAACCAAGGCCUCCACGUCGGCAGCUACGUCUUUGCGAAUUUGCUUGCUGCUUUGCCCGGUAUCGCGCUCAUCUCGAUCCUCUCGACGACGCUCGUUGUGCUGCUCGCGGAUCUCAACGGCUUUGGGUACUUCUUCCUCAACCUCUUCUUGUCGCUUGUCGCUGCCGAGUCGCUCAUGUGCGUCAUUGCCGCGGCCGUGCCCCACUACAUUAUCGGCAUUGCGCUCGGCGCGGGUCUCUUUGGGAUGUUUAUGCUCUGCGAAGGCUUCAUGGUGCCCAAGCACGCGAUCCCCGACUACUGGAUCUGGGCGUACUACAUGGCAUUCCACACGUACUCGUUCGAGUCAUUUGUGUAUACACACUUCAACCCGAUGCAAGCGACCGAUGCGACGGCCAAGGCGAUUCUGGUCCGCUACGGCUUUGAAAAAGUCGACGUGAACCGCAACAUGGGCAUCCUCGCCGCGUACACGGUGCUCUUCCAGCUCAUCUUUGCGUUCAUCUUGUACAAGUUCCACACGGGCCGCCGGUAAACGACCUCGUCAUAGCUUCUAGUUCAGGUCACACGGAUCCUCUUAAUACAUGGCUUUUGUUUCGUCUA